CGCAAAAACGAUCUCCUCUCUCUCUCAUCGUCUUAAACUCGCUCUGCUCACCUGGUGCAAAAACAAAAUCCUCUCUCAUCUUCUUACACUCUCUCUCUCUCUCUAGAUCUGGUGCGGCAUAAGUCAAUUCUGUUGCCAUUGAUGGAAUUUAAUAGGGGAACGAGGAACCCCACGGGUUUACAAUCCAUGAAUUCUGCUCUGCUUAUAUCCAUUAAUCCACUGUGCAAUGAACCUUUUUUGUUGUCCUCUCUCUCUCUUCUCUGACUAAACUUUUUAUCCCCUGUCUCUCUCUUCUUUUUGAACUUCCUUAGCUUUUCAGUUGUGUGAAACCAGUUGGCUUCUUUCUGUGCAGGAGCUUGCACUGUGUUUAACGCCCUACAGUUAGAGAAAAAGGGCUAGAGAGAGAGAGAGAGAGAGAGAGCUAGAGUGAAGGGUGGAGAGAGGCAGAGAGUGGUUAGAGAGAGAAAGACAGAAAUGCAGGUUCUGGGGAGUCCGCAGAGUGUCCGGGUGGACACUGGUUGUGGUGUUCUUCUCAAGGAACUUCAGCAUAUUUGGGAUGAAAUAGGAGAGUGCGAAGAAGAUAAGCACAGAAUGCUUUUAGAGAUAGAGAGAGAAUGCUUAGAAGUGUAUCGGCGAAAGGUUGAUGAAGCUAGCCAUGCCAAGGCUCGCCUCCAUCAAUCUCUUGCUGCCAAAGAAGCCGAGCUUGCAGCACUCGUGGCUGCAAUUGGGGAUCUCAGUUUGCAUUCACAGCCUGAGAAAAGGCCGAUAUCUUUGAAAGAGCAACUUGCAUCAGUUACACCACUGCUGGAAGAUCUGAGAGCAAAGAAAGAGGAGCGUUUCAAGCAAUUUGUAGAUGUUCAAGCUCAAAUUGAAAAGAUCGGCAGGGAGAUAUCUGGAUUUUCUCAUCUAAAUGACACAUUAAGCAAUUCGGUUGAUGUAGAGGAACAUGACUUGUCCCUGAGAAAGUUAAAUGAAUAUCAAACCCAUCUUCGUGCUCUGCAGAAAGAAAAGUCUGACCGCCUUCACAAAGUUCUAGAAUCGGUGAAUGAGGUGCAUGGCCUUUGUGCUGUUCUUAAUUUGGACUUUGGAAAGACAGUGAGUGAAGUGCACCCGAGUUUGCGUGAGACAAAUGCAGGACAAUCCGAGAUCAUCAGCAAUGACACUUUACAAGGUCUUUCCCAAGCCAUUGAGAAGUUGAAAAUGGAAAAGAAAACACGAAUUCAAAAGUUGAAAGGCAUUGUGGCUUCUCUGUUUGAGCUAUGGAACUUGAUGGAUACAGCGGAAGAAGAAAGAAGGCAGUUUGAAAAGGUUACCUCCAUUGUGGGAUUGCCAGAAAACAAAAUUGCAGAAUCUGGCAUGCUUUCACUUGAGAUUAUUGAGCAGGCUGAAGCAGAAGUUGGGGGGUUAGGAAAACUGAAAUCCAGCAGAAUGAAAGAAUUGGUUCUGAAGAAAAGGUCGGAGUUGGAGGAGAUAUGCAAAAAGGCACAUAUAGAACCAGACAUGAGCACGGCUCCUGAAAAGUCCAUUGCAUUGAUUGAUUCGGGUAUUGUGGAUCCAUGUGAGCUUUUGGCCAACAUUGAGACACAAAUAGUGAAGGCAAAGGAAGAUGCUAUGAGUAGGAAGGAGAUAAUGGACAAGAUAGAUAAAUGGCUUGCUGCUUGUGAAGAGGAAAAUUGGCUGGAAGAUUACAACCAAGAUGAGAACAGGUAUACUGCUGGAAGGGGUAGCCACCUGAACCUAAAACGUGCAGAACGGGCACGAAUCACUAUAACCAAAAUCCCAGGUAUGGUAGAUAAUCUAAUGAGUAAGGCAUUUGCAUGGGAGGAAGAAAGAAAAAUGCAAUUUUUGUAUGAUGGAGUGAGACUGGUUUCUAACCUGGAGGAUUAUAUUCGUAACAGGCGACAAAAAGAGGAGGAGAAGAAGCGAUUCAAGGAUCAGAAGAAGUUACAGGAUCUCCUCCUUACUGUGAAGGAAACCAUGUAUGGGUCCAAGCCAAGCCCAAGAAGGAUGAGUAGCUUGAAGAAGUCCAAUGGUUUUCAAACAAAUGGUGCCUCAACUCCAACACCACGUCGACUCUCUGUUGGCAAUGGCAAUUCAGAGCUUCACACUCCUCGUUCCAAUGGUAGCUCUGGACGCCAGAAUGGGUACUUCAGGGAAACAAGAAGGCUUUCGACUGCUCCUCUGAAUUUUGUGGCUCUAACGAAAGAGGAUGCUGUCUCACUAGCUUCCAUAUGUGGCUCUGAACCUGGUUCACCUCCUCAAGGCUGAUUGAAUAUGAUGCGGUGUUCGAACCUUCUCUUUAACAGUGUAUGAUAGGGUUGAACAGAUAUACUCUCUGCCAAAGACUUGUAAAUUAGCAUGUUCACGUUGUGGGUGGUUCACUUAGUAGGGCAUGGAGGUAAUUGACAUCACUUUACCCAUAGACUCUUCAAAGUCUCUACUGGGUAGCAAGGUUUCAGGAGUUCCGAGAACUUGGUGGGGGACCUCUAAGCUUGAAGUUGGUAGGAGAUCUGCUAAAUAUAAACGGUAAAGCUUUAACAGGUACAGUUUGACUGGUUUUUUUGAACAGAUUGUUAUAGGGGAAGUUCACGACCAGAUAGAGUUGCCAGAGAGCAAACCUAAAGUAUUAUGAAUGCUUGGGAGGCAUGUACAGGUGAUUGUGUUGAAUUAAUCUCUUGUUGGUUGGUAGGUAGGUUUUCUUUGUAAAAGUCAUGUUGAUUAUAGUGGGACAUCGACUGUAGGAGCUGCUGCUUGUAGACCUGUUUUAACAUCUCUCAAUACUUGUACCGACAAUGACUAGUGGCUACAUAUUUUCCAUGUUUGUGUGUGAGAUUGCGAUAGUUGAUUGCUGCACUCAUCCAGUACUUUUCAAGUGCAGUACAAGAGGGGAGAGAGAGAGAACGUUGAGGGACUUGCUUCCUAAUGUUCUACACUUUUCAAUGCUUCCAACUCCUGCAUGGAUUGGAGA